AUGAACGCUUACUUUGAAUCUCUACUCAAAAGCAACAAUAUGGACAAGUCACAGCUCAUCCUUGUGGAAGACAAAGCAACCAUGCCUGCUAGUGAACUGCUACAACAACUGCACCGAGAUUGGGAUGAGGAUGAAUCAUCCUUUAGCGACCACGGCCUAGCAACAACAAGAACCUCUUGCACGUCUAUCGACAUCUCUGCUCGGUACAAAGUCGGCCUUGAAGCUGAAGGCGACUCUGGGACCAUGGAAGACUUGAACAGCAGCUCUUAUUGUUCGAAAGUUCAGUAG